CCAGAACCGUGCACAUGUGCACAGAUGACGAGUGAACCUCCUCACAUCAUCAUGACUAAUUCAACCGUGUCUUAUUUCAUUCUCGGGGCUUAUUUGUCUGUUGGAAACGUGCGAUACUUCUUUUUCGUGGUAGCCGUGUUACUUUACGUUCUAAUUUUCUUGUUCAAUGUUCUGCUGAUCGUGGUUAUCUGUGUGAACAGGAGCUUACAUGAGCCCAUGUACCUGUUUCUGUGCAGUCUGUUUGUGAAUGAACUCUACGGGAGUACGGGGCUGUUUCCGUUUCUGCUCCUUCACAUCCUCAGGGACGUUCACACCGUUUCUGUUUCCAUGUGUUUCCUGCAGAUUUUCUGUCUUUACACGUACGCACAUGUGGAAUUCUGUAAUUUGGCUCUGAUGUCAUAUGACCGCUACCUGGCCAUCUGUCACCCUCUGCAGUAUCACACUCGCAUGACUCCCAACAAAGCCUUCCUCUUCAUCAUCCUCGUGUGGUUUUACUCUUUUGUUAAAUUCAUAAUUACUUUGUCGUUAAACGUGCGUCUGACUCUGUGUAGAAACGUCAUCGACAGUGUUUAUUGUCAUAAUUACUUAGUGGCUAAACUGGCUUGUUCCGGAAACGGUGUGAAUAAUAUUUACGGCCUCUUCGGCGUGGUUCUCACUACUUUAGUCCCUCUGGUUCUCAUCCUUUUCUCCUACGCUAAAAUCCUGCGUGCGUGCGCGGGCGGCUGUCGCCUGAGCCGACACAAAGCCGUGGGUACCUGCACGCCUCACCUGGUGUCGCUGCUCAACUUCUUCUUCGGCUGCUGCUUCGAAAUCCUUCAGAGCAGGUUCGAUAUGAGUUGGGUUCCCGGCGGGUUGAGGAUCGUCUCGUCUCUGUAUUUUCUGGUCAUUCAGCCGCUGUUGAACCCGCUCGUGUACGGACUGCAGAUGUCCAACAUACGGGACAGCUGCAAACACCUGCUGUGUCCCAAAGCGUCCACACCACCAACACACGCCAUGUGAACAGAGGGUCGCACGUUUCCAUUUGGAUUCAGUUAAACCGGCUGUGACAUAAACCACAGUGAGCGGGUGAUGUUGACGCUCACAUUCAUUCAUUCAUUUAUUCAUCUGUUCAUUCAUUCAUUCAUUUUGUCUUUAUGUGACUUUUACUCCACGUUGCCUUGUUCAUAACCAACAUGUGUUUCAGAAUUUAUCUCAUUUGAAGAUUUAUCAACAGAUUCUGUAUCUGAUAUGAAUCUAGAUUCAACCAUGAACAACAUAAAGUCUGUCUAAAGUA